GGCGUUUGAGAUCGCAUAACUCCGCCUCGUGUCAGUCGUGGCGCGUGUCGAGGCGGAUAUGACUCGAGCAAUAUCGCGUCUUCCCAAGCACGUCUCCGAAACUUGCCCUCCAGCAUCGUCCCUUGCUUUGGCUAUGACAAGGUAUGAAAAGAACAACAUCCGCUCCGACGUGGUUUGGCAUCUUGCGCAGUACAGAUUGGAUCUGCUCGACAUGCCAGCAGCAAGCCCGUCAGGCGUAUCGGCGACAACUUCAUAAUGUGUCUCGGGCAACAACCUUCAGCAGAGGGCAAACAACAGCGAGACUGGACAUACGACAACACAAUGCCAAGCGCAACGUUACAAGCGCAUCGUCUCCCAUUGCUGGUCUCACGCGUAAACCUAUCCUGCCAGAUGGACCGGCCAGAACCCGCUUCGCUCCAUCACCUACAGGCGACCUUCACAUUGGAGGUUUACGAACAGCUCUAUUCAGUUACUUGCUGGCUAAACGAACAGGUGGACAGUUUCUGGUUCGUAUAGAGGACACUGAUCAAAAAAGGCUCGUUGCAGGGGCCGAAGAGCGCCUGCUUGAAAACUUAGAAUGGGUUGGUCUACAGUGGGACGAAGGUCCCAAAGCAGGUGGACCGUACGGUCCAUACAAGCAGUCUGAACGCAAUGACAUCUACCAGCAACAUGCCAACGAGCUGCUAAAUGCUGGCUCGGCUUAUCGAUGUUUCUGCACUCCGCAAGCGCGAACUCAAGGUAGUGCCAAGUUCGUACUGUCUGGCUGCUCCCAGAAUUGCUCGUCUUUGUCAAGCGAGGAAUCACAAGACCGCGCUUUCGACAACAAGCAGCCCUUCACAGUGAAGAUUCAGCGAGCGAAGCCGGAUCCGAAACGUGUAUACCCCGAUCUCAUAUACGGCAAGAUCCAACCUCUGAAACAGAACGUCGCUGCUAACCUAUCCGAUGGCGACGAUGAAGUGAGCGUCAGCGUAGCAGACGUCAUCCUGAUGAAGUCCGACGGCACGCCAACCUACCACUUCGCCAACGUGGUAGACGACCACCUGAUGAAGAUCACCCACGUCAUCCGCGGCUCGGAAUGGAUGGCCAGCACACCCCUGCACUACGAUCUCUACUCAGCCUUCGGCUGGCAGCCACCCUUAUUCGCGCACGUCGGCCUGCUGGUUGACGAGAACAAGGCGAAGCUCUCCAAACGCAGCGCACACCUGGCGUUGGAUGUGCGAAAUAUGCGCGCAGAGCAUGACGUCUUGCCCGAAACCCUUGUCAAUUUCCUUGCGUUGCUUGGGUGGAGCAACCCUACACGGAACGAUGUCUUUGAUAUGCAGGGAUUGAUUGAGCAUUUUGACUUGAAGCUGACGAAGGGGAACACGAUGGUGAAGUUCGAUAAGUUGUGGUUUCUGCAGAAGCAGCAUGUGGCACGGCGGUGUGAGAAGGUUAGGUCGACGGGCGAUCGGAGCUCGUUAGCUUCCCUCGUCGAUCGGAUCGUGGAGGAGGUCGUGCUGCGGUUCCCGCAGGUGAAGGAACGCUUCCCGGAGGACGAGAAGUUGAGGGACUACUGUGAGGACAUCCUGCUCGCCGACGGCAAGAUGUUUCAGACGGUGAAGCAGUUUGUGGAACGGAAUCGUUAUUUCUUCUCUUCCGAACGACGUACUGAUCCUGAGUACCUCGACGGGACGAGGCUUACCAGAAACGUUGACAUCGUCCUCUCGGUAUUAGUGCAUGCCGCGGAACGUGAAGGCUUGUUCGGACGCGGUGGCCCAAUGGACAGCAAUAGCAUUGAGAAGAAACACCGGCUUCAUGCCGAGGUGAUGCGGUACCUGAGGCAGGGACUUUGUAAUGGCCUGCCUGGGCCGAGUAUUGGAAUCGUGAUGGCUAUACUCGGUCAUCGUGAAGUCCUUCGCCGCCUGCAAAUCGAACCCAAAGUCGGCGAGGGGAGAUAUCUGGAGCCGCCGUGCGAUGCUGAAGGCAGCAUGCAGGCGGCUUGA